UCGUUCGACCGCACGCUUGCCUCUGCUGCUGCUGCUGCUGCUGCAGGGCCGCCCGACAAGGGGGCUUCCACAGCUUGCUGCUGCUGGCGUGGGCCUGCCUGUCCGUCUGCCGUCUUAAAUAUGAGGGCCAUCGCCGUGGAUCUCGUCCCGCUGAACCUGGGAUCCCAAACCGGUCCAUCCAUCCAUCCACCCAUUAAUAAAACCCGCUUCCCCCCACUCCCGCCUCAAUCAACACCAUCCCUUCCUUUCCUUCCACUCCCCUCUCCAUCCGCCCACUGCGCAAAUCACCUUCCGAGGGAGAAAAAGGGGGACUGCAUCCACCGCCACACCACCGCACCCAAGACAGCGUUCCACCAGAGAGGAACGCCUGCCAGAACCCCAGAGUUGCUUUACCCGCCCGUCUACCCGCCCGCCCGCUCGCCUCGCCUCGUCUUUCCUUUCUUUUGCCUCAUCACUCCGCAUACUUGCUUUGGUCCUUCGCCUGCCCGCUCAUCGCCCCCGCAAUCGCCGCCUCGUCUCAUGAUCAGCACCGCCGACAGCUCUCUUCGCCCUCUGCCUCCCUCUCCCGCUGCCUGAGGCGCUCAGAUGGUUACUAUGGCCGCUUCAAAUGGAUUGGCUGUUGCUGCUUCAAGCAAUUAUCUCGAAAAUGGCCGCUACUACCACGGCUUUCGGCGCGGAAUCUACCUGUACCCAUGCGACGAGCCCGAAAAAGACCGCAUGGAUAUCUAUCACAAACUGUUCCUUGUCGCACGGAGGGAUCAGCUACACCACGCUCCUGUUCCCCAGCACGGAGUGCCCCGCAUUCUAGACUUGGGCUGCGGUACCGGCAUUUGGGCUAUCGACAUGGCUGACCGUUAUCUGAAUUCUGAGGUCGUAGGAAUCGACCUCGUAAACAUCCAACCCGAAAAAAUUCCACCCAACCUACGGUUUUUCCUUCCCCGCGAUUAUGAGAGCCCCUGGACUCUGGGCGAGGAUUCAUGGGAUAUGAUUCAUAUUCGAAUGGCUUGUGGUAGCGUUUCAAGCUGGCCGUACAUGUAUCAGAAAGCCUUCACCCAUUUGAAGCCAGGUUCUGGAUGGAUCGAGCACGUCGAGAUUGAUCUGCAGCCGCGCUGCGAUGACCACACGCUCUCGCCCGAAAGUCAGGUUACAAAGUGGUACAAUUACCUAGCCGAUGCCACUGCAAGGGGAGGUCGUCCCAUUGCUUACGAGCACAACACACGCCAGUUGCUGCAGGCCGCUGGCUUCAUCGAUAUCCAGGAGACCAUCAUUCGUGCACCUUUUAAUUCCUGGCCCAAUGACCCACAUCAGAAAGAAAUCGGCCGUUGGUACAACCUGGGCCUAACCGAGGGCCUAGAAGCUCUCAGUUUUGCUCCUUUUACCAGAGUGAACCGGUGGGAUUUGAACGAGCAUGUCAAGCCUCUGGUUGAAACCGUCCGUCGCGAAGUCUGCAAUAGGAAAAUUCACGGCUACAACAACAUUCAUAUAUGGAUUGCACGGAGACCACAGCAAUGA